ACAGAGGAAGAAGAAGAAGUAGUCGUAGAAGAAGAAAAAGAUUAUAGUGGGCUAGACCUGGGUCCUUCUUAUCCUAUCUGACAUUCCUGAGAUUAAACUAGACGCUGAACUUACAACUGACAUUCACCAUGAAAAAGUUUUUUGAUGAUAUCAAGAGAGAUGUUAAAUUUAAAUCAGCGGGACCUGGAAAGAAACUCACCGAAGACGCCAGCACCAAACCUCAAGUGAUGCAGAGCAGUGCCAAAAAACAACCACAUCAUGUCACGCCGACAGAGGGUGCACAGAGAGCUGGUGCUGCAGCACUUGCAAGAAUAGAACAACAGCAGCGGCCAAAAGUCCAUACAUCGCAAGAUGCUAUCCGAAAUCAGGUCAAACGAGAGUUAGAAGCGGAGGCUGCAGCUACAGCAGCUGCUAAUGAGAGUUGCAAUGUUCCAGUGAAAGAUUCUGGUAGUUUGUCUGUUUCUGGGAUUUAUUUCAUAUGCCCUCUCACUGGAUCCAAGUUAACCAAGAGUGAAAGAGAACAUUGCAUUAAAGAAGCUAUUCUCAUGACAUUUGCAGAGGAUCCAGUUGAAGCUUCCAUCAUGAUGAUUCACACGUUCAACAAAGACCAGGAGAAAGUUAAAGCAGCAGUGGAUAUCGUGAGCAAGUACAUUGACAACAUCUGUGCAAAUCCUACAGAGGAGAAAUACAGGAAGAUCAAAGUCAGCAACAAGAUCUUUCAGGAGAGAGUGAGCUGUGUGGAAGGUUGUCCAGAGUAUCUCCAGGCUUUGGGCUUUGAGAAAACCAUGCUACCAAUAGAUGGACAAGACACCAGUGAGGAGUUCUGGUUGCUGGCAGAGCAGGAUGACGGCUCCCUGGAGCAGAUUAAGAAGAGGAGGGACCAGCUAAAGAAAGCAGAGCCAGUCAGGGCACGUCUAGAUCGUCAGACACAAGCUUUCAGACCAUCUCCUAAUGCAACACACUUUGAUCUCCCUUCAGAUUUUUAUAAUCUAACAGCAGAGGAGCUUAAAAGGGAGCAACAUCUUAAGAGCGAAAUUGUGGAGAGGAAUGCAAUGUUGAGAACAAAAGCGAUGCGUGAAAAAGAGGAACAGAGAGAAAGAAGGAAAUACAACUAUGCUCUGUUGAGAGUGAGGCUGCCAGAUGGAAUUCUCCUACAAGGUACUUUCUUGGCCCGAGAAAGGGUUUCUGCACUUUACCAGUUUGUGCGGGAGUCGUUGGUUGAUGACUGGCAGCCAUUUGAGCUGAUGGCUCCAGGAGGACAGAAACUUAAUGAAGAUGAGGACAUGGCACUCAAUGAGUGUAGUUUGGUUCCUGCUGCUGUGGUGACAUUUUCAUGGGAUGAGGCAGUGUUGGCAGACAUUGCAGCUGCUGGAAAACAAAAAAUGUCUGUGUUGAAGCCAGACCUGCUCGAAACUAUUAAGACCCUCAGCUGAAUCAAUUGUCAUCAGAAGUCUCCUGUCCUUUUACUCACAACUUACAUCCUGAAUUGUCCAUCAUUAAUUUCAGUGCUGUGUGGCUUUGGAAGGAUUGCUUAUAUGAUGACAGAAGUCCCAAGUGUCAUGCAGUGUUGCACUUCUAAUAAAGUUGUUGUCAGCCAUAACAUGGUUAUAAGGAAAGGAGAAUGUUUGGGCCAAGACAGUAUAGAAAAUGAAUAGCAGAGAUACACAAACUGAAGACAGCCUUUUAUGGACACCUGCAGGAACUGCUUUGGAGGCUAAGGUAGGCUAUAUGAAGUAUCGGUCAUAAGAGACGUAGAUUGCAAAUAUCCCCACUAUAGGCUAGCAUCUAUCAUGCAGAUACGUAUUUCCAGUUUCCAGGCAGUUUAACUAGGAAUCAGCUGAUCCUGUGUGACUGAGUAUCUGUUAUACUGUAAAAAAAAGGAAAUAAGGAAUGCAAAGGCACAAAAUAUGUUUAAUGAAGGAAUUAUUGAAAAUUGCAACUGGAAUUACGUCCAGAGAACAUUAAACCAACUGCAGAAUAUCAACCUCAGUUGUCCCUUGCUUUUAAAUAAUGCUUUAUUCAAAAUCUGCAAGACUUAUCUGUAAUCAUGGACAGUUCUUUAAAUACAAGAUUUUUUUGUUGUUGGACGGCAAUGUAAUAGCCCACCUGUAACCAUUUGUAUUAAAAUAUACAUUAUAGGGGUUUGGAAAUUGUACACAAAUGACCUGGCCUGUGAAAUGAUCUGUCAAGGAAAGACAAAAUCGCUGAUAUAAACAAAACUGAGCCAAAGGCGGCAAUAAUGCGGGGGAAAAACAUACAAAAAUUACAAAAGGAUGAUAUAUUCUCAGUUAAAGUAUAGUAGUUAUGUUUAAUUACACACACCAACAUGCAUAGACAUGUCCAUGUUAAAACAAGGCAAACAUCUGGUGUUGAAAAGUCUACUGCUUAAUAUUACAGACCCCACCUGCAAGCUAACAUUAUGCUUCUCGGACAACAGCUUAAGCCCUGCUGAUUGUUUAUACUGAUGUAUUUUCACCAUAAACAACUUCAUCAAUUAUACCCAAAUUCUUUCAAUAUUAUGAAUACCCUACAUAGACCUGCACCAGUCUUACUGUGGUCCUACUUGUUUGUAGCCUCAUGGGCAAGGUAAUAGAACAGCAGUAGAAGUGUUGACUUCCACUUGUUCCAGUUUGUCUGGCUUAGGUGAGCUUGAGCUGCCAUUCUGUGUCAGGAAUCCUGUGAAUGAAAUGUACACAAUUAAGCACGGGGGGGGUUUGUUACAUUUCUUCCACACAAGAUACACAGUCAGACUUGACCAUGAAAACCAAUUUAAUUGGAAUUACUAUAUGAGGAAUGUCAUCUGUAUAAUUUGGGGCAAAACUCCACAAUAUACACAUUCUCUUUUUCUCCACAAUAUACACACUUUUUUUAUGCAUGAUCACGUUUGGAGAUGAGGUAUCAAGUAAUUUAUUGAGAAGGUAUUUCAAAUGCAAUGUAAAACAUAAAAGGUGUCCUGAAUCCAAUCCUCAUUUUUAUAUGUAACAAUAUAAUACAGGCAAAGGAGUAACAAUAACAAUGUGAUUGCUCUUGAUAAUAUAGGGCAGAACUAUGAAUGCCAGAUCUGCAGAAAAUGUUUAGUGUUGAGACUUCUCCCUUCAUUUUUUCAUCAGUGGCCUGUCUCCCAGAAUAUCACUGGCUAUAUACAGUACAGAUUAGCCAUCUAAAUGAGUAAAUACUCCUACGAUUUCAGUUAAUGUAAUUUCUCCAUAUUGUAUUUAUCUUGUUGACUGUCUAAAAAACCUUUAAAUAACUAUUUUCUCAGUGGAAGGUAUAAACCGCCAAUAAAUGUAUCCUGUUUUAAAGUA